AUGAAUAUGGCCGAGAACGACAUCAAAGCGACCCAAGCAAUGAUCACCGACCCCUCCCGCGGUCGCAAUGUCAGCCCGCCGCCCGCCAAGCUGUUGCUCGGCCACAAACCUCCGGUCUCGGGGAUGCUCACCAAUGCAGAGGUCGAAGCGUCCAAUCCUCAAACAUCAUUCAUCCACCCAUCCGGGGCGGUGGACACAAACAACAAUGGUCCGCGUGCAGGGAUUGCUACCAGUGACAGUUCAGUGAGCGUAGUCACCGGGAAAGUAAUGCGGCACUGUCGGUUUUGCGGUCAAGCCUCUUGCAAGUUUAAGGGAUCAGCGUCAGCCCGACAGGGAUCGGAGAUUCUUUGUGAAAACCCAUGUGUGGAUUGCGGGAAGAUGUAUGGCUUGAGUGAAGAGAGGGAUCCGAAUAACCCAGAAUCACCGAGGUUUUGCAAGGGGCUGACCACGGCUGACAGGCAACGUCGGAGGGGAUGA